AUGGCGACAUCCAUCCAAGAGAUUUUCGACCCAUCGCACUUUUUGGACUUGACGUCCACGUUGCGCCGAGGCGAUCCAAUUGGGACGAAUCAAAUCGGAACGCGAGCGCAUGCCACGGCGUCGGGCGACCUGCCAAAGGAAGACACUCGCUUUUGGGUCGUUCAACAUGGCAACUGCAUUGUCGCCGUUGCGAUGUGGACAUCCCUCACUGGCAUCUACCUCAGUCCAACGUUCAGUCCAUCGGAUGCCGCCACGUUGGGCAGGAUCGUGUCGGAAGUUGCCAUCAACCAGCUACCACAAGCAAGUGGACCUGCCGCAUCCAUCCAUUCUUUCAACGAAGGCUACUGCAAGGCGCAAAGUCCAGCACUGACGCCCCAAUGGAAGGAAACACUGCUGGUGUACGUGCUGAAAACCCUCAAGUCCAAUCCUGCCAACGGUUCGCUGCUUCAAGCCACGGACGCUGACAGCGACCUUCUCAAAGCAUGGAUUGUGCAAUUCUGUGAUGCGCUGCAUUAUCCCGUUGAGAUGGCCGAGCCAUUCCACAGGCGGAGCAUGGAGCGCAAGUCGCUACACGUGUGGCACGUGGACGGGUCCAUUGUUGGCUUUGUGGGGUACCACCCGCCUGUCGUCCACGACGGCGAGACGAUUUUCCGCAUCGGUCCCGUCUACGUCACGCCUCAAGAGCGGCGCAAGGGCUAUUCCAGCGCCAUGACUGCGGCCCUGAGCCAGUAUUUGCAAGAUGGGUGCCACAUACCGUCGCGCGUGAUGCUCUUUGCCGACGCCAUGAACCCUGCGUCCAACAAGGCGUACCAAAAUGUAGGGUUUGUGCAGCACAGUGAAGUUGGAGUGUACACGUUUGUCAAAUAA